CUGGCACUUAUCACCCCCCAUACUCCUCUGUUAACGACAGGGGUGUAGACAAGCCGUUCAUUUGCGGAAGUGUGGGUCCAGGUUUUAAACAAGAACGCAACAACAAAGGGCAUCAUUGGAAAGUCGUGGAAAUACGAUAUCUAUCGCAAAGCCAUACCUAUUCAGUUGGUUGCUCCAAACUUGACGCUCACCAUGGCUGCUGCGGAACCCGUCUACAGUCCAACAACAGUUUCAGAGACCAUAUCCAAAAAGUGGUUAAUUGUACCAACAGAUAAUUUGGAUAAAGUCAGAUGUUUGAUAAAGGUGGUUGAAGUGCUCCUGUCGUUUGUGGCCUUCAUUCUUGAAGAGGUAGUGACGAAAUGUAUGAGCUGCUCUUCGCUGUACUUCUUUGAGUUUGUCAGCUGCACAGCCUUCCUCUUCACAACUCUCCUCCUCAUCCUCCUCGCUACCACCCUGCACAAGAGAGUGGGCAUCAGCUGCUGGCCCUCCCUGGACUUUGUGUACACAGCUUUGAUGGCUGCAUUCUUCCUCAUCGCCUCCAUUGUGUUUGCCUCAGAUAAUGGUGGAACUGACCUGGAGAAUGCUGCUGUGGCAUUUGGCUUCCUGGCCACUGUGGCAUUCCUGGUGGAUGCUGGCUGGUUUGUGAAGACCAGGGGUUUUCCUUUUAAAAAGACCAACCAGCAAGCAGCAAGCAACGGCGGGGCCCCCGUGGCAGAGGCUGAGAAACUCAACAGGGAACAGAACGAAGCAGACUAGGCCCAAGGAUACCUAAACGAGUAACACUGGUAUCUCUUUGUCCCACAUUUACACACGCAAACAAGCAACACAAUAAGACUAUCAGAGGGCCACCUUAUAUCUGCUUAAAGGAAGGAAAGAAAUCUCCAGUAGUUUUAACAUCUUAUUCAGAGCUUUUAUUCUCAGCAGUGGGACCAUUUUUGUAGGAGCCAUGGCCUGUGCUGUAUACAUUCUGUUUCCUUGGACCAUGGACCUGCUUGGAAUGGGACCACUCAUUGA